CUUGCAUCGAAGUAUCAGAACAUCGGUCUUCUAACAAUAUUGAUGAGUCAUGGGAUGUUCCAGAAAAAAGUCCACACGUUGCCACCUCAGUAUUUCAAAAUAUGUACCCAAAUGCGACUGAAUCGGAACUAAAUGAUUAUAACGAUGAUUGCGCAAUAUGUCGGGAUUCCAUGGCCUCUGCUAAAAAAUUACCAUGCGGACAUAUGUUUCAUUUGUAUGUUUAA